UUCCUUCUCUUCAGAGCUGUAUCCGGGUCGUUGCUUUCUCUAUUGUCUCAGGCAAACGGCCUCGGACUUUGCGAAUUCUGGGUGUUUUGUUGCAUCUGGUGCAGGCUAAUAAAGUUUUUCUUUCUUUUCUUUUAUUUUUUUUCUAACAGUUUUGACGGAGGAAAUUUACUGCCCGGGGCUGCUGGGGCCUGAGGGCGCCUCUGACAGGGGAGCCGUGGGAAGGGGCGCGAGCUGCAGGGGCCGGUUCGGCGAGGAGUAGGGGGCGGGGUGGGGGGCGGGAGGGGACCGGGGCCGGUCGCUGCACCGAUUUUAAGUAGCAUCUUUCGGAUUUGUUGCCGCGGUAUCAGUCCCGACCUCGGCGCUGCCUGGGCUCUCGAAGCCUCUCCCUAGGUCUCCUCCAAACGACCACCUCACGGAUUCCUUAUGGAUCGCAGCUCCAAGAGGAGGCAGGUGAAGCCUUUGGCAGCUUCUCUGCUAGAAGCUCUCGAUUAUGAUAGUUCAGAUGACAGUGAUUUUAAAGUUGGAGAUGCCUCAGAUUCUGAAGGGAGUGGUAAUGGAAGUGAAGAUCCUUCAAAGGACAGUGGAGAAGGUUCCUGUAGUGAUUCUGAAGAAAAUAUUUUAGAAGAAGAACUGAAUGAAGAUAUUAAAGUAAAAGAACAACUUAAAAAUUCUGCAGAGGAAGAAAUACUGUCCUCAGAAAAACAGUUAAUUAAAAUGGAAAAGAAGGAGGAAGAAGAGAAUGGAGAAAGACCUAGAAAGAAAAAGGAGAAAGAGAAAGACAAGGAAAAAGAGAAGGAGAAAGAAAAAGAGAAAGAGAAGGAAAGAGAGGAGAAAGAAAAAGCGACAGUAUCUGAUAAUGUGGCUGCUUCUGCUGCUUCUACCACACCAGCCACAAGUCCUCCUGCUGUUAACACAUCUCCAUCAGUCCCCACUACAACAACCACUACAGAGGAACAAGUCAGUGAGCCAAAAAAGUGGAACCUUCGUCGAAAUCGACCGCUUUUGGAUUUUGUAUCCAUGGAAGAGCUGAAUGAUAUGGAUGACUAUGACAGUGAAGAUGACAAUGAUUGGCGACCUACUGUAGUAAAGAGAAAGGGAAGAUCUGCAUCUCAGAAAGAAGGAAGUGAUGGAGACAAUGAAGAUGAUGAAGAUGAGGGAAGUGGAAGUGAUGAGGAUGAUAAUGAUGAAGGCAAUGAUGAAGAUCACAGCAGCCCUGCCAGUGAAGGGGGUUGCAAGAAGAAGAAGAGUAAAGUUCUUAGCAGAAACAGUGCUGAUGAUGAGGAACUGACCAAUGAUAGCCUGACACUAUCUCAAAGCAAGAGUAAUGAGGACUCGCUGAUUCUUGAGAAGAGUCAAAACUGGAGUUCUCAAAAAAUGGACCACAUUCUGAUUUGCUGUGUUUGUCUUGGAGAUAAUAGCGAGGAUGCUGAUGAAAUAAUUCAGUGUGACAAUUGUGGCAUUACGGUCCAUGAAGGUUGCUAUGGAGUUGACGGAGAGAGUGACUCAAUUAUGAGUUCAGCUUCUGAAAACUCCACUGAACCUUGGUUUUGUGAUGCCUGUAAAUGUGGUGUUUCCCCUAGCUGUGAACUAUGUCCCAAUCAGGAUGGAAUUUUCAAGGAGACAGAUGCUGGAAGAUGGGUUCAUAUUGUCUGUGCCCUGUAUGUUCCUGGAGUAGCCUUUGGAGAUAUUGACAAAUUACGACCAGUAACACUGACAGAAAUGAACUAUUCCAAAUAUGGUGCCAAGGAAUGUAGCUUCUGUGAAGACCCUCGUUUUGCUAGAACUGGAGUUUGCAUUAGCUGUGAUGCAGGGAUGUGCAGAGCCUAUUUCCAUGUGACCUGUGCCCAGAAGGAAGGUCUGCUUUCAGAGGCAGCAGCAGAAGAGGAUAUAGCAGAUCCAUUUUUUGCUUAUUGUAAGCAACAUGCAGAUAGGUUAGACAGAAAAUGGAAGAGAAAAAACUACUUGGCUCUACAAUCCUAUUGUAAAAUGUCUUUGCAAGAAAGGGAGAAGCAACUGUCACCAGAAGCACAGGCAAGAAUCAAUGCCCGGCUUCAGCAAUAUCGUGCCAAAGCAGAACUAGCUCGAUCCACCAGACCCCAGGCCUGGGUUCCAAGGGAAAAAUUGCCCAGACCACUCACUAGCAGUGCUUCAGCCAUUCGUAAACUGAUGCGGAAAGCAGAGCUAAUGGGAAUCAGUACAGAUAUCUUCCCAGUGGACAAUUCAGAUACUAGUUCUAGUGUGGAUGGAAGGAGAAAGCAUAAGCAACCUGCUCUCACUGCUGAUUUUGUGAAUUAUUACUUUGAGAGAAAUAUGCGCAUGAUUCAAAUUCAGGAAAAUAUGGCUGAACAAAAGAAUAUAAAGGAUAAAUUAGAGAAUGAACAGGAAAAACUCCAUGUGGAAUAUAAUAAGCUGUGUGAAUCUUUAGAAGAACUACAAAACCUGAAUGGAAAACUUCGAAGCGAAGGGCAAGGAAUAUGGGCCUUACUAGGCAGAAUCACAGGGCAGAAGUUGAACAUACCGGCAAUUUUGCGGGCACCCAAGGAGAGAAAACCCAGUAAAAAAGAAGGAGGCACACAAAAGACUUCUAUUCUUCCUGCAGUACUUUAUAGUUGUGGAAUUUGUAAGAAGAACCAUGAUCAGCAUCUUCUUUUAUUGUGUGAUACCUGUAAACUCCAUUACCACCUUGGGUGUCUGGAUCCCCCUCUUACGAGGAUGCCAAGGAAGACCAAAAACAGUUACUGGCAGUGUUCAGAAUGUGACCAGGCAGGGAGCAGUGACAUGGAAGCAGACAUGGCCAUGGAAACCUUACCAGAUGGUACCAAACGAUCAAGGAGGCAGAUUAAGGAACCAGUGAAAUUUGUUCCACAGGACAUGCCCCCAGAACCCAAGAAGAUUCCAAUAAGAAAUACGAGAACCAGAGGACGAAAGCGAAGCUUCAUUCCUGAGGAAGAAAAACAUGAGGAAAGAAUUCCUAGAGAGAGAAGGCAAAGGCAGUCUGUGUUACAAAAGAAGCCUAAGGCUGAAGAUUUGCGAACUGAAUGUGCAACUUGCAAGGGAACUGGAGACAAUGAAAAUCUUGUCAGGUGUGAUGAAUGCAGACUGUGCUACCAUUUUGGCUGUUUGGAUCCCCCUUUGAAAAAGUCUCCUAAACAAACAGGCUAUGGGUGGAUAUGUCAGGAGUGUGAUUCUUCAUCUUCUAAGAGCCUGCUGUAAGAGAUAAACCCAUUGCAAAUGAAGACAGCAUUCAUUUCCUUCCACCUCAGGCCACACAGAAUUGAUUGAGGUAAUAAAAUGACAGCACCUUGUAAUAUACUGAAGGCUCUUUAAUUCGAAAACCAGUUCAAACCUGAUUCAGAGCUUGUUUAAAGCUAAUUUAUAGCUUGCAUAAUUUUUAGCUGGCCGACCAAGGUAAAGGAUGAUAUAUGAAAACUGAUAAAGAAUUAACUUAUGAUACAUUCAGACUUGUCUUAUUAAAGUCAACUGGAAUUAAAAAACAGAGGUGGGAGGGGAAUGGCAGAAAUAAUUGGUAAGCUUUGCUUCACAUAGGUUAGCGUUGUUGACAACAGUUUAAAUUUUUCAUCAUCUCAUUUCAGACCUAAUUCUUGUCCUGUCUUUGUAAAAUCAGUUCUAUUUGCAUUUCUUGUAUUUUAAAGUCCUUCAUUUUUCAUCACAUAUGUAUUAAGGUUGGCGAAGCUGGGUGCAGUUAGCAGCUGCUCUGACUUCCACCGUGCCGAAUCAUGCCACGUUGGCAGUGCUGCUGCUGAAUAGUUGUGUCUGUUAGCAUUUAAUUCAGUCUUUUUCAAGAUGCAAGGGGAAAGGAGUUAGAACUCUUCAGUUUUAUUUGGGCUGAAAAAAUCAGUAGGCUUUUUGCCUUUGUGGGCUGUUUUUAUCUAUUGGAGUGUAUUUAUCCUUUUGACCCACAAAUAACAUAACUAUCAUAGUAAAGUAUUCUAUACUCUGAAUGAAACC